AGUAUUUGCCUGCGUGCUGUGCUCUGCUCCGCUCUCCGCUCUGACUGUGCAAGUGAAGGGAAAUCUGACUUCAGGCUCGGCAUAGUGAGAGUCACUCUGUGCCACACCGGGAGUGCCUUUGGGAGAGGUGGGGGUUGUUUGCAGAGAGAGGAGGGCAGUCAAGCAGUGGUUGAUGGAGGGGAGAGCAAGACAGGAGGAGGCAGAAAGCAGUUUUCAGUCCUUCUGAAUCUUUCAUAAGGGAGAUCCUCCAACAUCAAGCUGCCUGGAUGGACUAAGAGAAAGUGUUGGUGCUGAGGUGGCAUUUAGCAGGGACCAACAGUGACAGAGAGACAGAGGGAACCAGAGGAAAGGAGGGAGGGUGAUAGAGCACUGGUGUGUGCACUUUACAGACGGCAAAACCAGGAGAGAAGCAGUGUUGAGGAGAGGAAUUCUUCUCUCCUGGAAAGAGCUUUAUGUGACCCUGCUGUGGGUAAAGCUCCUCUAAAGCACGGUGAAUAAGCCAAAGGAAAGAGAGAGGGAGAGGGCACGACUGCUGGCUCGCUAAUCCAUAAACUCGUGGAGAACGGGGAAAAGGGGGAAGGAUAGAAAGCACAGAGGCAACACAAACAACAAAAAGGUAUGUGUGAGCUGGCCUUUUCUUGGGUGAAUGCUUGUGUCUGAGGUAGCCUCGAUCAUUCAGCUACAACAGCUGAACCCAGUGUAAACUUCUCUGUGUCUGGAUAAGGCAAGAGAAAAAAAAACGCUGUACAUGACCAGCUGAUGUGACCGAAUUUGGACGUAAAGAGGCAGAAUUUGAAAGAGGAACGCAACUCAACCCAGCCUGCCGGGAUGUCAUCCAAUGAGCUGAGUGUUGAGAUGGACUCCUGCAUCCGGACAUUCAAGGAGCACAUGCACCUGGAGCUGGAGCCUCCCAAAAUCCCAGGUGUGGUGGGGGGGAAGAGGGGCGCCACGUCCCCCAAACUGUCUCCCAGAAGCUCCCCGCGCCUCUUCCGCAAGCUGAUGGUCAACAAGAGCAUCCGACAGAGGCGACGCUUCACUGUAGCCCAUACUUGUUUCGAUGUGGAGAAUGGCCCGUCUGCCAGCUGCAGCCCCCUGGACCCCCAGGCUUCCCCCGGCUCUGGUCUGGUCCUCCACACUAACUUCCCUGGUCAUAACCAGCGCAGAGAGUCCUUCCUCUACCGCUCUGACAGCGACUAUGAUCUGUCACCGAAGUCCAUGUCACGAAACUCCUCCAUCGCCUCUGAACUACAUGGUGAUGACCUGAUCGUAACUCCUUUUGCUCAGGUUCUGGCAAGCCUUCGAAGUGUGAGGAAUAACUUCACUGUACUGACCAAUGUCCAGUGUGCCUCCAGCAAGAGGUCUCCUGCAGCAACAACUCAGCCUCCAAUCACCAGAGUUUGUCUCCCAGAUGAGGCGUACCAGAAGCUGGCCAUGGAGACGAUGGAGGAGUUGGACUGGUGUCUGGACCAGCUGGAGACCAUCCAGACCUACCGCUCUGUCAGCGACAUGGCCUCCAACAAGUUCAAGAGAAUGUUGAAUCGGGAGUUGACGCACCUAUCUGAGAUGAGUCGGUCUGGGAAUCAGGUUUCCGAAUUCAUCUCCAACACCUUCCUAGACAAACAGAAUGAGGUGGAGAUCCCGUCACCGACGUCCAAGACGCGAGAGAAGAAGAAGCAACAGAAGCAGCAGCUGAUGACACAGAUCAGUGGGGUCAAAAAGGUCUCUCACGGGCCCUCACUCUCCAGCAGUAGCAUCUCGCGCUUUGGCGUCAAGACUGAUAAGGAGGAGCUGCUGUCCAAGGAGCUGGAGGACCUCAAUAAGUGGGGCCUGAACAUCUUCACUGUUUCAGAGUACUCUCACAACCGCCCACUUACCUGCAUCAUGUACGCCAUCUUCCAGGAGCGGGACUUGUUAAAGACAUUUAAGAUCCCCAUGGAUACGUUUGUGGCCUACAUGAUGACGCUGGAAGAUCACUAUCAUUCAGAUGUUGCCUACCAUAACAGCCUGCAUGCUGCUGACGUAGCCCAGUCCACACACAUCCUCCUCUCCACUCCGGCCCUGGAUGCGGUCUUCACAGAUCUUGAGAUCCUAGCAGCCAUCUUUGCUGCAGCUAUCCAUGAUGUUGACCAUCCUGGAGUAUCAAACCAAUUCCUAAUCAAUACCAACUCUGAGCUGGCGCUGAUGUACAACGACGAGUCUGUGCUGGAGAAUCAUCACUUGGCUGUGGGAUUUAAGCUACUGCAGGAGGAUAACUGUGAUAUCUUCCAGAACCUCACUAAGAAGCAGCGGCAGUCCCUGCGCAAGAUGGUCAUCGACAUGGUUUUGGCCACUGACAUGUCCAAACAUAUGAGUCUGCUGGCUGAUCUGAAGACUAUGGUGGAGACUAAGAAGGUGACAAGCUCUGGAGUGCUGCUGCUGGACAAUUACACCGACAGGAUACAGGUGCUGCGUAACAUGGUGCACUGUGCUGACCUGAGUAACCCAACUAAGUCCCUGGAGCUGUAUCGUCAGUGGACUGAUCGGAUAAUGGAGGAGUUCUUCCACCAGGGAGACAGAGAGAGGGAGAGGGGAAUGGAGAUCAGCCCUAUGUGUGACAAACACACAGCCUCAGUGGAAAAGAGUCAGGUGGGUUUCAUCGACUACAUUGUGCACCCUCUUUGGGAGACCUGGGCCGAUCUGGUCCACCCAGACGCCCAGGACAUUUUGGACACGCUGGAGGACAACAGGAACUGGUACCAGAGCAUGAUCCCCCAGAGUCCCUCCCCGCCCUUCUAUGACCAGGGCACGCACGGACAUAGCGGAGGCACUGGGGGGCAGGGAGGCGGGGAGAAAUUUCAGUUUGAGCUGACCUUGGAGGAGGAGGACUUGGAUGGAAUAGAGAAAGAUGGUGAGGAGGAGGAGGAAGAUGAAGAGGAAGAGUUAGAAGAAGAGGAGGAUAGUCUAGGAGAUUCUCGUUCUCCUCCCCUGGACUAUUUGGACAGUCAGGAGCAUGAUGAGGGCAGCACAAUGGAGCCCACGAUGGCAAUAGAGAUCGUGACACACGAGGCGUCACCAACAGACACAUAGGGCUUCCAUCAUCAGGCUCACAUGGUGAAUUGAAAGUUUUUGGAAAAAAGAGGGGAGAUCCUCUUGCAGCUGUGCUUUUUAAUAAGCCCACAGAAGCAAGGGCUUAGUUUCGUCCCGCACGGGGGCGUCUUGCACUUGGGUGUUUGAAGCCAGACACGGACGGACAGUUUCAGUGAAGCGGCUUCAGAGUUCUCAGGAAAUAAUUACUGCGAACAUUUUAAGUCUUGAUGGACAGCCGAGACUGAGAGUGGAGCUUGAAGGAUUUCGGCCAGUUUGGAAAAUGGUUACUUUUCUUUUCUGGACUGGCAUUAAAUGGACAUUGACACUACUGAGAGAAGUUUUGUACCUUAAGACUUUUUUACAGAUAUGAUAUGAUCUAGAAGUAGCAUAGAGUAAGAUCUACUGAUGGAGACACAUUUGUAUAGCAAGAGAAAGUGUUUACUUUUUUCCUGUACCAUUUGUCAAAGGACUUUUGUGUGCCUUUUUUACUAUUGUCUUUAUAAUAGUUUUUUAUUUAUUGAACACUCUAGUAUGUCUGUGAAAUGUUUUUUUUUUUUCUUAUCUGAAAGAGCAAAAUCUUUUUUGUAUGUUAAAAAAGAUCAGUCUUCCAUGUAUUGGGCAAUAGAGAAAUCCAAACAAACGUCGACAAACAACUCUUGGACAAACUCAUCUGAAUAGGGAAACAUCAACACCUACAUUAUACGCACAUUUUGUCACAUUUGUUUUUCAAUCUGAGCACAAUGCUUUUCUUUACACAGAGAAUUCAAACGUUUAUGUUCCGUCAUGGUUCAUGUUACAUGUUUAAUUUGUUGCUCUCUAUAUCAGAUGUCGGUCAAUGAAUGUCUGAAAUACAUCAUCUAUUUUCAUACUCCAUCUUUUCUCUUUUCCUUUGUAACAGUCUGCAGACCAUUGGGGCUUCCUACAUUUUCACACCAAAACUUGACUAUUGAUGCAACAUGCUCAGCAAUUAUAUGGCCAAGUAUUCCUGCUAAAUAUUCAGUAAAAUUAUUGGGACAUUGCAAUUAUACGAUUUCGUCUUUUCAUUUUUGCAUCCGGUUGUUGUCAUGUUGGUGUGAAAUAGAGGUUAGUCCGGUUCAAACCCUAAUAACCUACAGCCAGAUGAAAUGAGCAGAAAUACAAGCAGGUCUAAAAACAUCCAGCUCGUGACGACUAGCUGCUUAGUUCUAUGGAAGAAUGAGAAAUGAAGUCUGUCAAGGACGAAAUGCACAACAGCGGUGAAUCUAUUUUUAGCCCACAGGUAUGCUGCAGUCUUAAUAAUCCUGUUAGUUGGAACAGGUCCCGACCCCAGACCCAUCUGAUGUAAUGUCCCCCUGCCCCUCCGCAAUCAGGCCCAGACCAGAUGAUUAAAGGUGCUCUUACAGCUGCCUGUCUGAAAGGCACUCUCAUACCCUCAUCAGCACCACUAUUCACAUGGUUUACAAACCCCUCUGGGCUCCACGGACACGACCCCAAAACAAUCAGGCCAGCUAUUUUCUUCCUCACGAUAAAAAUCCCUCAAGUGCGGCGUCUGUUCAUUGACGUCAAUUCAAUUUUGUCCCUUCCCCCUCCACUGUAUCAGGUUUCCAGGACAGCCGGGUUAUUGGGAUUUGGCACAGAUGGAAAUGCUGGAUUCUAGACUGUACCCAUAUGACAAAGGUGCUCUAGUUUUAAAACAAACCAAAAAACACCUCUUUGUUUCUUCUUUAAUGUGUUGGAGAAUAUUGUUUGAAAAUGGUUUGCAGACUUCACAUUUCUGCUCCUGUGGCUUCCACAAUUUCUUUAUAGAUGUUCUAGUUGCAUCUAUAAUCAAAUUCCUCCAUUUUCAUAUUGGUUUACUGGUAUACUCAUAGGUACUUCAUCUAAUUUCACUCCAGCAUGCUUAAGUGGCAAUCGUUUGUGUGCAGUAUGUAUGUAUGGAAGGUUUUGUAUGUGUGUGUGUGUGUGUGUGUGUGUGUGUGUGUGUGUGUGUGUGUGUAUUUCUGUACGUCUGUGUGUGUUUGGAUGUGCUGACUUUGUCAUCAGGCCUUACCCCUCAUCACUCCACACCUUUGUCUCUACUGUUUGUUGCUAGGAGCUCAAGUUGGUCCUUUUUGCUGUUUAUAACAGUGUGUAUUUAUUCUAUACUUUAAGCUUGUAAAUAAGAAAUACUGGUUCAGUGUAAAAUCUAUUUUAAUUUAUAUGCACUUGCAUUACCUGGAAGUGGUGGUGUCUAAUGUGUAUUAGACUCUGGAUUAGAGUCUUUUUAUAUAUGUAUUAUAUAUUGUUUUUAUAUAAAUAUAUAUAUAAAAUAUAUAUAAGUAUAUAUUCGCACAAUGUUUUGAGUGCCCAGCAGAGCAGCAGCUAAAGAGACAUUUUGUUGUUGUCACAUGAAAACCUUGUAACUCCAAAGUAAUCUUUUUAAUGUAACGUUAUAUUAAGCUUAUUAUGCAUGAAUAUUAAACCAACAUUGUUUCUCACUUUGGCUUCACUUUGAAAUUUUAAUUUAAAUCAUGGUAUUUUUCAUAUUUGAAAAAUUUGUCUUAAAUUUCAGCUUAGUUGUAUUUCAUAAAUAAUAGCCCAAAUUGAAAAAUAAAAUGAGGACUUUGAAUGUCCUCAUUUUGUUUCUUAGAUAACUUUUUUUUUGAUGGAAAACAAUUUUUGAUCCAACUGAGUUUUUGAAGCUACGAGGUUUUCAUUUGACAGCAGCAUAUUUGGUAACCCCGAGGCGACAUAGAGGACAUGUUAAACUGCGUAGGCUUAGAUAUAGGAUACAUACAAGCUUGACAAGGAACACAGAAGCUUAGUCAAUGCUUGGUAUCAAAGUACACAAAUAGCUUAUUUUCUCUCAGCGGCUUGUCACAACCUAAGCUUCUCCACCCGGCAUUUGAAUGCAGAUUGCUGAUUUACGAGGCCAGAUACAGGUUCAACAAACACAAAGCAAGUGUCUCCUUUUACACUUAACGCACUUCAUGUAUGAGUAGAUAACACGGGGACGGUAUUGGUAGCAUGCUACAAUACGCCCGGCACUGACGUGAAUCGUUCUGAAUUAACAACAAAACAUGAUCUUAUGUAACUGAUUGUGCUCGUGUGAACUCUUUCUGACCAAACUUGUUAGCAGUUUUGAAAUUCAAAUUUGUCAGUAUUAACAUUGUUUAUCUAUGUUCAAGCUUUUUUUGGUCCUAGUUGUGUCCAAAUGGUUAGCCAGAUUUAGCACUAUCUGCAUGAGAGAUGGUUUUUUUUAUUGUCAAUAAUAUGUUCGAAGUCCACCAGUUGUUGCAGGUGGGUUAUUAAAUGUUUCACACAAUGUAUGGUAUUAUAUUGUAUAUUGUGUUCAAAAAUAAAUCUGAAAUACUUUUUCUAUUAAGUGAUUAAAAGCAAAGCAUGAAUAUA